CACUCUCCGCCCGGAGCCUCUCAGGCUGCCUGACGGUUCUGCUGGGCUCCUCAGAGCUGCAUCUCUCUGGCUGAGGAGACCUGCUCCUCCUGCUGCUGCCCGGGUCAGGAUCCAGCCCGGCUCGCAUUACGCUCCGGGUCACAAAGGGAGAGGUGACCCAGAACCAUGGGAGGCAGUUAGGAGGUCCAGCUGGAAGGAGCAGUCCUGGUUCCUCACAGGUCGGGCUGAGCUGCUGCAGAGGUAACUCCUCAGAGACAGAGCAAGCUUCCAGGAUGCUGGCAGGAUUCCCAGCAGUUAUUCCUGAUCCACGCAGCCGGAGCUGAACCUCAGCAGCUGAAGGAUCCGGUCACCAUCAGAGGUUUUAUUCUGAAUCUGUGGAAUCAUCAGAGGUUUAGAGAAACCAGGAGAAAAGUUUUGGCAGCAUCUCCUCCACCUGGAAUCUGAGUCUGGACUUUCCUUCUGGAUCCAUCAGAAAACUAAAAGCUUUCCUGUAAGAAUCAAGCUUCAGCCGUUCUGGCUGUGGAGGUUUCAUCGUUUUGGGAGCAGAAAGCAUCUGAGGAGCAUUUGGGAGCCUGGAAACAUGUCAACACCUGUUUCCAGUUUACUGAACGGUCAAGUUAAGAAGAAAGAAUCCAGGAUAUUCUGCAGCGUCUCACACAUCCUUCCUCCAUAAUGUCUUUUUUUGUUUUUUAAACUCAUUUUUUAGUGGCUGGAUGCCAACCUAUCAGUAAAAAAUGCAGAGUGGAGCCUCUAUUUCUAGGAAAUACUGACGGAACAGGAACGCCUCUGAAUAAAGAACAUUUGCUGAGUAAAUAAAAUCAACUUUCUGAUAUUAAAGAAAGCAAAUCUGAGCAUGAAAACAGACUCAUUGUGCAGAAAAGCCUUCAGAUUCAAGCUGGACGAUGGACAGAUCAGCUACGUAUGAUUGCACUGGAUUCUUUCCAUGUUCUGCGGUUUCAAAGCAGAAUUUUGUUAAAGUAGCAGUUGACAAAAACAAGGGAUAAUAUUCAGUAUUCUUAGUAUUAAUAAGGACCUUUAUCAUUUUCAGCCUGCCUGGCAAAGGAGCAUCAUGGAGAUCAUCAGGAGAGGAAAAACGGGCAUUAUAAUAACACAAUAUGCAGACGAUAUCGCUAUUUUCACCAAAGCUCAAUAAAUGAUAUUUAGCUUUGAUCUGAGCUCCUCCUGACGUAGUGGGGGAUUUAUAACUACCUCAGAGUCGGCCGAGCCUUCAGCGGGGUCAGAACUGAUCGGGACGUCAUCAUGAUCCCUGGAGGAUCAGGAUCAGGCGGAGGACUCUGUGGAGGCGGACUGUGCCUUCUCAGGUGGCUGGGACUCAGGCUGUGGUCCCGCCGGGGAACCCUGCUCUUUGCUCUGCUCUGGUUUGGCUCCUGGCUCUUCCUCAACGGCCUGGUUCUGGUCCACAGGAGGAUUCUGUCCGACUACUGCACCGACGACAAAAGCAAGAGGAUCCUGCAGCGACUGUGCCUGGAGUUCAGCGGCGGCUCGGCCACCGGCGACAUGUGUGAGGACCUGUGUGUGCGCGGCCUGGUGGAGUACCGGCGCUGCCUCUACUACGAGAACGGCAAGAAGGUGAUGGAGGCGCGGUGGAGGGGAAGCCCCGUCAUCCUCAAGUCCAAGCUGGAGAACUUCUCCUCCUACGAGCCGCUGGGGAUCCUGGACUACCAGCAGGAUGCAGGAGAGGAGCUGUCGGCUCUAGACGUGGUUUUCUACGCCACCAUGGAGGUACGAAACUCCCUGGGUCUGUCUGAGGACGGCGAGGACGAGGAGGACGGAGGAGGAGGAAGAGGAGGAGGAGGAGGAGGAGGAGGAGGAGGAAGCAACGGCUCCCUGCCCAGACUGUGGGGCCAGAAGCUGAAGAUCAGGGAGAGGAGCUACUCCAGAGCUGAGCUGGGCUCCCUGUGGUCGCUGCUGCAGCAGGAGGAGUACACCUUCCUCAGGGUCCUGCAGGACCUCAGCCCCCACGUGGCCAAGGUGCUGGGCUCCUGCGGUCACUUCUACGCCGUGGAGUUCCUCUCGGCCGGACACGCCUGGGACCAGAACAUCUUCUCCAUGGACCAGGUGGUCGUCCCCGGGCAGAACCGGCAGAACCGGGCCGGGGCGGCGGGCCGGUGGAGCACCAGGCAGAUGGUGCACCAGAUCGCCCUCAGCUUCCUGGACAUGGUGUGGCACUUUGACAACGACUUCACCCACAGGCUGCACCUGUGUGACAUCAAGCCAGAGAACUUCGCCAUCAGGAAGGACCUGACGGUGGUGGCCAUCGACGUGGACAUGGCCUUCUUUGAGCCAAAGAUGAGGGACAUCCUGGAGCAGAACUGCAGCAGCGACGACGACUGCAGCUUCUUCGACUGCUCGUCCAGGUGUGACCCGCUCAGACGCAGGUGCAGUCCUCGCCGCAGGAACACCAACCUGCAGGUGAUCUGUGAGAAGAUUUUCAGGCCUUGGUUUUCUCCCACACUCCUGGGGGCCAAAGCUGGCCUCCCACUGCAGGUGGAGCUGCAGCGAGCCGUGCAGGAGUGCUCAGAAACCGACGGCGGCGUGGACAAAGCAGAGGGUGAUGGAGGCGGAGGCCGGAGGGUCCACCAGCGUCUCCUGGACGUCCUGAGACGCCUCCUGCAGGAGGACGUGGUUUCUGAUGAAAGAAAAUGGACAAAGGAGGAAGCGGACCACGUCCACACGGCUCUGAACUUCUGACCGGGUGAAGGAACCAGAGCAGAGCGUUCUUCAUGAUGUCAAGUCCUCCACCGUCUCCUGGUGUCUUUUUAUCAUCACUGCUGUGUCCUUCAGGCAGAGACUGACUCUUUUCCAACGUCUGAGCUACUUUACAGCCUUUGUGGAUUAAAGGGCCUUAAUUGGCAGAAAGAAGAGCAGACGUUUAGCCCAGACAGGAAAAGCAUUUCAGAAAUGGAUGAGGGCAGUUAGUCAGAAACUAAUGGAGUAGAAAGCCCCCCCCCCCCACAGCCCUGACAGCUCCUGAUUCUGCUCCAGUUCUUUGAUUGAGCGUCCCUGUAUGUAAUUAGCUGAUCUUUAUUUGAAGUCGAUGUGUAAAUAAACAUUUCUGUAGGAAUAUUGAGAUUUCAGUGACUCCAGGAACCUCCAGACCAGGACGGUGUUCAGACUGACAGCCAAACACCUCAAGUGUCUUCUCACCACACAAGUUUAUGUUUCAACCUUCAGAGUUUAGUAACUCCCUCUCACCUGGGCUUCAUCUCUACCAACAAGCCCCGCCCCCCCCCAGGAAGCUGGUAACCACGGCAACAGAUGGGUCAGGGUCCUGAUUGGUUAAUAGGUCCGGUACGGUGGUUAAUGUCUGUGAACGGCUAACUUUACUGGUUACCAAGUUCUGUUUCAACCAGUCAGUCUCAGUGAGAUUUAUUCAAAUCUUUCUCAUUUAAAGAGAAACUAUUAAGAAAAUAAAAACAUGUACUUGGGUUCUGUACGCUCGGUAAAUUGAUUCACUAAAUAAAACUUGCUUCUUAGCUAAAUAAACGACUGUUUGCUUCAUGAA